UUCAUAAUACUAUCUUUAACUUCUUUUGUGUAAAUUUAAACCGUUCUGUUUCAUACAGUGGCUAUGCAUACAAUAACUUUAAUACAUGAAUGAGUCUCAGAAAUAUUCACAAUGGGAUGUUCUGGCUCUUCUGCAGUCAAAAAAGACAAAGAUACCCAACUUGCCCAACUGCACCAGAGUACAGCUCUACAGUGUGAAAUAAAACCUCACUAUUUUGUUUUGGAGAUUGGCUUUGGAAAAGGACAAGGUCUAGAGGAAGCACUGAAGCAUCUCCAAGGUGGAUCUGGAAGAGUAAUUGGUACAGAAACAUCACAGAAAUUACUGGAUGAAGUGACUAAAAAGCUAAAAGACGAUAUUGCUACUGGAACUCUUGAACUUGACCUUUGUUUACCGGAAACAUUAACCUACAUAAAUAGUAUGUUUGACUGUGUAUACAACGUGAACGGAUUCUUCUACUGGGAAGAUAUCAACACCACAGUGCAGGAAAUCUAUCGCAUUCUACGAGCAGGAUGCCUUUUUCUUACAUGUGUUCACAAAAAAAAAAACGAACUGACGUUAAAAGAACAGCAAGAACUGAAGAAUCCAGAUUUUACUAUACAACAGUACGCUGAUAUGUUAAAGGAACAUGGUUUUGUGAAAAUCAAAAUCCAAGAGCACAGAAAUGCUCAUUCAGGAUUUAAAUAUCAAACUGUGCAAGCUUUUGCUAGAAGGAGAAAGUAAUUAAUUAUCAAAAAGAAAGUAAAGCCAAUUUUUUAUCUAAAAUCAUAACCACAGUGACCAUGUUAAAAUGAAAACAGAUACAAAUACCAGGAAAACAGCACUAAUAAUUAUUAGCACUAAACAGAUAUUCAAAAGAGAUAAACAUGUUUUUCCUUCACAAAAUAGAUCCAAGAUGUAUGCGUACUAAUUCACUUAGCAGAAACUAGAUUUUUGUCCCUCGGGCACUGUUGCCUCCUGUCACUGUAUGGUCAUAUAGUACUGCCUGACAAAGGCUGUGGGACAGUGGAUAGGGGGAGGGAAAUGAUUAACAUAAACAAGCAAAUUCGAUGAAUUGGUAUUCCUUGCCGAAAGGGCUUGUGGUGAGGAAUGGCAAAAAAAUAUUAUUAUUAUACCAGAUUUAUAUAGCGCCCUUUUCAUGAUAAACACGUUCAAAGGCGCUUUACAGCAACUGCAGCCACACAGGGCGCGAAAUCAUCCUCUACUAGUACAGACACAGAGCGAUCUGACCAGAGGGACAGAGUGAGACAAAGCCCCCACAGGGAGAUCAGAAAUCAGAUACAGGCUUGUCCGGCUAACUUAGCCUAGCUCGUUGCGAAUAGACAACCUGGUUCUUUAACGUGCCCAGUGUAUAGCACUGAUACACGCAAGGAUUGCCUGGGUUCCUGACCAGUACACCUCUAGCUGGGUGGGAAACACUGAAAAGCGUUUCGGAAAAUUCCCGAGUAGCUGCCGGGGAACGAACCCCGACCUCAGGAUUGGAAGGCCAGUGUGCAAACCACUGAGCUAUCCGUCCACCCAUAAUAUCCGGCAAAAAGUUAAGGAUGUUAUUAUUCUAGGACUCAAUUGAUAAAUACAGUCGAACUUCGAUGGCUCGAACUCGAGGGUCCCGUGGAAAUUAGUUCGAGUUUUCCGUUGUUCGAGCCAUCCAGAUGGCGGCCAUUUUGAAUUUGGGAAUUCGAGGGCAUGAUGUGUUACAAACCUCACAUCGUAAUAUAUUGUCAUAUUGUUCCUAAAUGUGUGUAUGAUACGAUGAUAAAUAAAAAACGAACGCUGAAAUAUGCUUUAUUUAUUUUCAAACAUGACAUAGAUACAAAAAAACAAA